ACUCAAAUUGUUCUCGCAUUCUCGCUGUUGCUAUGUCGUUUAUCAUUAUUGCACUCGUAUUAGUAUUCCUGCAGUCCAUACUGUGUCUGUAGUCCAUACUAUGUCUGCAAUGCAUAUUUUCUCAGAGAUUCUGAUAGAUUAAGCAAUAUGUACAACAAAUUGGCCCAUCUAGUACUGUAAUCUUGUAACACAAGCUAGUAUUAGAUUGAUGCAACAACUCGCCAUUUCCAAUCGACAAAAUGGCUAAACUAUGUAGUACCAUCCAGGACGCUAGAUACACCACCCAUAGGUUUUCACUGGGCAUCAACAGUGACUUGAGCAGAAUAUAUCGGCGCCGUAUACAGAGCGCGUGAUUUUUGUGCCAAUAAUAACUUCUCGCUUCAAAUCUUCAAGUUUGAAGGACGUGGAUGAUCACAAGACUCACCAACAGCCGGGUAUGUCAGAGUCAACGAUUAUCGUUGAACACUCAGAAAGGGUGGGGAUUAUCAAGCUCAAUCGACCUAGGGCUUAUAACGCACUGUCUGGAACAUUGAUAAACGAAUUAUUGGAUGCUUUGAGGUCGUUCGAGAGCGACCCCAGCGUAGGCGCUAUUAUCCUGACAGGCAACGAAAAAGGAUUCUGCUGGUCAGCUCCAAAACCUUUCUACACAAAUCAAUCUGAUUACCUCGCAGCUGGUGCGGACAUCAAGGAGCAAAGUGAACUAUCUUUUGUCAAUGCAUAUAAUCAAGACUAUCUGAAGAAUCUAAAUGACGGAUUCUUUGCCAUUCAUAAGCCAAUAAUCGGAGUCAUCAAUGGCAUCGCACUGGGAGGUGGCUGUGAGCUGGCGAUGAUGUGUGACAUUUUGUAUGCAGCAGAGACUGCAACGUUUGGGCAGCCAGAAAUCACACUGGGAACCAUCCCAGGAGCUGGAGGGACGCAGCGCUUAAUCAGGGCUAUUGGGAAAUCGAAAGCAAUGCACAUGAUAUUGACGGGGGAAAUGAUUAGUGCAAAGGAAGCCGAAGCAGCAGGGCUUGUGGCUAAGGUCCUCCCUACAGAGCAGGUCUUUAGUGCAGCCUUGAAGACAGCGAGCAAGAUAGCGAGCUUCUCUGCACCCAUCGUGGCAAUGGCAAAGGAGGCGGUCAACGAAGCUGAAGAGCUGGGGCUAAAGAAUGGGCUACGUUUCGAAAGCAGACUUUACCACGCGACCUUCGGACUGGAGGAUCAUGCAGAAGGGUUCCAAGCAUUCCUCGCCAAACCCAAGCGCGCAGCCCAGUGGACACACAAGUGA